AUGGAGAAGAGCGCCAGCGCCAGCAAUGGGGUGGUGAAGGCUGUCCCGGCCUCCUGGAACUUCGAGCCGAACGAGACCCUCCUGGGCCUGACGGCGCUCUCGGUGCGCGGCGUGCUGGGCAGGAUCAAGGCCGGGAUGGUGGAGGCCGACGGCGGCGGGCGGCCGGUGGUCCCGAUGGGCCACGGCGACCCGUCGGCGUUCCCGUGCUUCCGGACGGCGGCGGAGGCCGUGGACGCCGUCACCGGCGCGCUCCAGUCCGGGGAGUACAACUCCUACGCCACUUGCGUCGGCCUUGAGCCCGCACGGAGGUCCAUUGCUCAGUACUUAUCCCGUGAUUUGCCAUAUACAUUGUCACCUGAUGAUAUCUACCUCACAAGUGGCUGUGCUCAAGCGAUUGAGAUAAUCUGCUCUGUCUUAGCUCGUCCCGGUGCCAACAUCUUGGUUCCAAGGCCUGGCUACUUGUUCUAUGAGGCACGCGCUGUUUUCAAUGGCAUGGAAGCACGGUACUUCGAUCUUCUACCUGAGAAAGGCUGGGAGGUUGACAUUGAUUGUGUCCAAGCCCUUGCUGACAAGAAUACUGUUGCUAUGGUCAUUGUCAACCCAGGAAACCCAUGUGGCAAUGUUUACACCUAUGAGCACCUGGCCAAGGUUGCUGACACUGCUCGGAAGCUUGGCAUAUUUGUCAUAGCAGAUGAGGUUUACGCACACUUGACAUUUGGAGAGAGGAAAUUUGUGCCGAUGGGUGUGUUUGGGGCUGUGGCUCCAGUGUUCACACUAGGGUCCAUAUCAAAGAAAUGGGUGGUGCCUGGAUGGCGGCUUGGAUGGAUAGUUACCAAUGAUCCUAAUGGUGUAUUUCAGAUGACUAAGGUAGUGGGCAGCAUCAAGAGCUACCUUGAUAUCUCGUCUGAUCCUCCAACAUUUGUCCAGGGAGCAAUUCCAAACCUCCUGGAGAACACAAAGGAGGAAUUCUUCCAAAAAACCAUCAAAAUUAUAAAAGAAAGUGCAGAUAUAUGCUGGGAACAGUUGAAGGGCAUCAAUGCAAUCACAUGCCCAAGCAAACCAGAGGGAUCCAUGUUUGUAAUGGUUAAACUGGAUGUAUCUUGCCUGUCGGACAUCAAAGAUGACAUGGACUUCUGCUGCCGGCUGGCAAAGGAAGAAUUAGUGGUUGUUCUGCCAGGAUGUGCUGUGGGAUACAAGGAUUGGCUUCGGAUCACCUUUGCAAUUGAUCCGUCUUCCCUCGAAGACGGGCUUCACAGGCUCAAGUCCUUCUGCUUGCGAUACAAGAAGCCGACAAAGUGA